GACAAUGCUGAGCAAGGGUCUAAAGCGAAAACGGGAGGAGGAGGAGAAGAAGGAGGAGGAAGGCCUCUCGGUGGACUCCUGGUGGUUAGAUCAAGGCCACCCAGCAGCGGCACAGACCCCCCCGCCCGUGGCUUCCAGUUCUCUCUUUGACCUCUCGGUGCUCAAGCUCCAUCACAGCCUGCGGCAGGGUGAGCCAGACCUCCGCCACCUGGUGCUGGUGGUGAACACGCUGCGCCGUAUCCAGGAGUCCAUGGAACCUACAACCUCCCUGCCACCCGUGUCCAUGCCACCCACAGCCCCCUCUGUGGCAGACAGCCUCCUGGCUAGCUCGGACGCUGCCCUCUCAGCCUCCAUGGCCAGCCUCCUGGAAGAUCUCAACCACAUUGAAGACCUGAACCAGGUCCCCCAACCCCAAGCCGAUGAGGGGCCUCCAGGCCGCUCAGUUGGUGGUGUCCCGCCCAACCUGGGUGCCUUGGACCUGCUAGGCCCAGCCACCGGCUGUCUGCUGGACGAUGGGCUGGAGGGCUUGUUUGAGGACAUUGAUACUUCCAUGUAUGACAGUGAACUUUGGGUACCAGCCUCUGAGGGUCUCAAACCUGGCCCUGAGAAUGGACCAGCCAAGGAGGAAACUCCAGAGUUGGACGAGGCUGAAUUGGACUACCUCAUGGACGUACUAGUAGGCACACAGGCACUAGAAAGGCCACCGGGGCCUGGGCGCUGACAACCAGACCCAGGAAUGGUUGGCUGCGUCUGAGUUGAGCCUGAUCAGUCCACCUUGCCAUGAUACGGUGGCUUUCCUUUGCAGAGGGGCCAGGGUCACUUUGGAGAGACAGUACUGAGUCCUGGGCAGCUUCACCUCCAACCACCUGUCUUGGCCAAUGAGGGAGUUUGAAAUAAGUGGCAUGACAGGACGCGGUGGUGGCUGCAAUGUGUUUGGGCCAGGCCCAAGCCAGGGGGGUUGGACAGAUCCCCUGGGAUGAUAGUCUGGGCUGUCCCAUCCCAUUAUCCCCAGUGUGGGGAAAGAGACCUCAUCAUUUUUUGAAAUUAAAACCAGCUUUGGGAAAUAUCAA